CCAAGGUGGUUCAGCCGACCAAACUGAGAAAGCGAAAAUCAGUUACAUUUUCGGACAAACUUGUGAAUGGACGUGGGGGUUGUUCUGAAGAAGAAGAACUGACACUUGAAGACGGAGAGAUUCAAGAUGCGAGCAAUUUCAAGAAACACUCUCCGGAGGAUUGUUCACAGAUUUUUCGUGUAAGUUCCACUUAAGAAGGUGGUUAGUCGAGAUACGCCUUUCUCCUCAAGAGAGUGCUUCUGAUUUGAUUUCAUUUUCUCUAGGAAGAACAGAUUAGUACUGAUAUAGUUAUCCAGUAGAAGUAAAGUUAGUUUCCUUUAGAUUUCCUCCUGUAGUAACAUUCAACCAAUAAGGAAUAAAUCCAUUCUGCAUUUCUAGGAAGUUUUGAAAGUUUGAAACUGGUCCAGUAUGAAUAAAGGUGUUUGGUUUAGGUUUCUUUCUGUACUAAUUAUACUUAGCCAAUAAAUUUUGAUUCUUUACUGAAGCCCAAGGAAGAAUAGUGCAGAACUGAUCGAGCUACUCAGUACAGUAAAUUAAGUUUAAUAAUUAAUUAAGAAGUGUCCAGUUCAUAAAGUACCAAAUCACAUACUACUCACUGAAUUUGAGAGCGAAAUUUCAGAUUACAUGUUUAUAUACAUUUUUUUAUUCAGAUUGGAUUUUCCCCACGAAAAUCACUUGCACCAGAAUACCUGUCGUCCAGCCGGACAGAGGUGAGUAAAUUACUUGUUUUCAAAGGUUCACGAAUUUUUGUUAAACUAAGUAGGGCGAACUUGCAUAGCAAACGAUAUUUUCGUCUAUUUUAAGAGCAAGAAAUCACCCCGCCGUCGUCACGGUUCAAAUAUAACUUGGAAAGAUCUUCAGGAGAACAGGCGCGAAGCUUGGCGAAGAUCACAGAAACUUCUGGAUGAUAUAGAAGAAUCAUUUUCUAAGGAAAUAGGUAAGAUUUGCAGGGGUGGAUCAGCAAGGUUUUUCUAGGGGGUGUUGGGCGAGCAGCCGAGUGUUUCUUUAUAAUUCUUUAAGGGGUUGUGGGAGAGCAUUCAAAUGAAUUGGCUUCCUAACGACUCAAGCGCCGAGCUCCCUAGGGGGUCCAGGGGUAUGCCCCCAGAAAAGUUUGAAAAUUAGAACCCUAGAAAUGCCAUUUCCUGCGAUAUGGGCAUUGAAUUAUGAGCUUCAGUUUGACUUCAAAAAAGGAAAAACCUUGGAAAUUGUGCCAUAUUUCUGAAUUUGAUUUUUUUGCACUCCCCUUGCACCCCUGUUGACCAAGGCCAACAGGGCUGCGCACCCCUGUGCACCUCCCCUGUAAAUCCACCCCUGAAGAUUUGUCCUUAUUAGCUAACGCGUUUUGUUGCUCGUCUGUAAUUGCAUGCAUGGUUAUUUUUCACAUAGGUUUCAUUGGUUAAGUUACAAGAAGACAGCGAACCUCAUGAAUAGCAUUACCAUGUUGAGAUAAUAAUGUUUGUUUUUUUAUUUGAAUCUUAGGAUCAACGUCUUCGUUAAUAGUGACGACCAUUUCAACAACGACUGUGACGUCACCUGUGACAUCAACUAUAACGUCACUUCCGGCAUCAACUAUAACGUCACUUCCGGCAUCAACCGUGCCUUGUACCAGCCAACAGACUACUACAGCUCCGGUUCAAACACAAAAUACCACCGCAGCUAAUCCAUUAACCAACUUCAUUAGUAAUAGCACAGACCAGCCACGCCAUAUGAGAGCGACGAGUAUGAUUGGAUCAAAUACAUUAUUUAGUGGGAUUUCUGGUGGAUCAUCAGGGACUACAGGUGGUUCUACGUUUGCUGGACCAAAAAGUUCUUCAAAUACCUCGUCCUUUACCGGGUUAUUUGGUGGAACUUCAAACGCAGCUGCAGUAUCGUUGUCAGCACCCUCACUGUCAUCUAGCAAUACUUCAAGUAAAGCAAACACAACUAGUCAACAAUCAUUUAGUUUUCCGGCGUCUGGUACGCCAGCCAGCACGGCUUCUCAACCUAGCACUUUAUCAACUUUUAGUUUUCAACCCUCGGGUGUUUCAACUGGAAAUGUCACACAAACAACUGCGCCUGUCACUCAGAACACGACUGCUGGUCUUUUCACUACAGGCGUAGGUUCUAUUGUGCGAAGCAAUAUCCAAACAUCCAAUGUGACGCCCACCUCAUCUGUAACCCAGCCAAAAGCAGGAGGAUUUUCAUUUUCUUCAUCGGCACUCGCCAAGGCAACCCCACCCAGCAAUUUCUCUUUCAAUGCGCCUGCUGUAACGGCACCAAACGUCAGCGGCGGAUUCACUACUCAAGCAGGAGAAAAGACGACAGCUCCAAAGGGUUUUACUUUCACAGCGUCCACGACUGCUGCGCCCACGACACAGAAACCUGGUACCAGCGGUGGGUUUACCUACACUGCGCCCACGACAGAGAAACCUAGUACCAGCGGUGGUUUUACUUUCACUGCGCCCGCGACAGAGAAACCUAGUACCAGCGGUGGUUUUACUUUCACUGCGCCCUCAAGUAACAAACAAACUACCAGCGGUGGUUUUGCCUUUUCUGCGCCCACAACUGAUAAAGCAAGUGGCAGCGGUGGAUUUCAAUUUAAUGCGUCUACAGUGAACAAUAACAGCAGUACUUUUAGUUUUACUUCAUCCGCGGCUAAAAAUUCAAAUCCAAGCGGUGGAUUUACAUUCAAUGCGGGUGCUGCUGGUAACAAGCCCUCUAACAGCGCUGGCUUCAACUUUGAAGGCCAGAAUACUACGGGGACAUUUAAUUUUGGUAAGUUGAAUUAAUUUUAAAAAAUCGCACGUCUAACUCCUCAAUCUUCCCAUCACUCCUCUUUGGGACUUUCGCUGACAAUUAAAACAGGCCAUUUCCGAGUUACGGUCUGAGAAUCGAGGCUUCGUUUUUAUAGCAAAUUUAGCAAGUCUUGACAUGGCGUUUAUGUUCUUCGCAACUACAGCGUAGUAAUGCAGAAAUAAUGGUCUAUUUUCUGGCGUUGGUGUCAGGCUAUUGGUCAAAAUGCGCCAGUCUAGGUAGUACCAAUAAUAAAAAAAGCUUCAGAUUGAUAGAGAUACAACUACCUGAAAAAUACAAGGAGCAUCAAAUACCCAAAUAGGUAGUCCAAGAACCAAAAAAGUGGUACCAAUUUUAUCCGUGCCGUAUGACGUCUGCAUCGUGUUUCCUGACCUUAUUUUAUUGACUAAAGCCCCGUUUACACUACGCCAAAAAAAUGGUACGGGUACCAAUUUUAUCCGUGCCGUAUGACGUCUGCAUCGAGUUUCCUGACCUUAUUUUAUUGACUACUUAUUUUAUUGACUACUUAUUUUAUUGACCUUAUUUUAUUGACCACCCAAAUAGGUAGUCCAAGAACCAAAAAAGUGGUAGGGGUACCAAUUUUAUCCGUGCCGUACCAAAAAUUGAGCGUAGUGUAAACGAGACUUUAUGAAUAGUCAAUAUUGUCUAUGAAUAACCAAAGUAAAACAGCAACUGACAACGUUCCCGCACGGAAAAUCGCUCGUGAAUAUAUUUGAUAAUUUCCUUAUUUUUCAGGUUCUCCAGCACCUGCGGGCGGUUUUAAUUUUGCAGGUGGAUUUGUGGCGUCUACUCCCAUACCCACAAGUUCGGGCAGAGGGAACAACGCGUCCGCAAAAACGAGACAACGAAGACGUCCAAAGAGACAAUGAAACCAAUUUUAGUGAACGCGACAGCAACACUCAAUUUUAUACAAUAUUCUUUAGAUAAUGAAUUUUUCAUAUAAAAAACCAAAAAAAUAUGACAGUAUUAAAAUAUUUGUUUAUGCAGAUAGAUUUACUUAAGGUUUGUAAAAAGGUUUAAUUAUAAAUUUAAAUGAAUUUAAAUUUGAAUCAUUUGAAUAUGUUUUGAAAGAAGAGACCGGCCUAGCCUCCUCCGCAGGCAUCUCGUAGUUCACGUACUUCAGAAAGUCGGUAUUAAUUUUUUUGCCUGCAAGAAGUUUUGCCCGAUAAUCGAAAGGCGAUGCCUGCGGAGGAGGCUAAGACCGGCCCGUUUUUAGGUGUCCGCAGCCGGGCUGACCAUCUGCCAUGUAGGCUAAUAUAAACAUUGUAAACACAAUUUUCAUUCAUCGAACAUUCAUCACACUUUGUUUUAUUCAUUUGAGAAACCGGGAUUUUUAAAAACAUUUCAAAUGUGGCUUCCUAUUAUUUGCUUUCUUUUAAUUUUGCAGCAAUUGAAUGGUGAAGAAGAGACGAGAAAUGCUGCCGACAAAUUAAAAGGUAUUACAUUUUACUUAAAAUUUUAUAUAUAAACUGUUGUUUUGUGACAAAUGACAAAUGUAUUAUUGCACUACACAUGAAUGCACAGUACGACCACGCUUUAUUUUAUGUAAACUAUAUUAUACAAAUGCAUUUUAUAUAUACUUCCAUCAUUUACUCUCAAUUCAAGCGUACUUUAGAAUAAGCAAGCUUUGUUGCUUUUUUUAGAAAAAUUGAUCAUUAUCCCAAUUUUUUUGUCUAUAAAAUAUUCAAUGAUUGAUUCCAGACAGCUGUUUGACAGGUGCAUGGCGAUUUUUUCAACUAUAAUUUUUUAUUUUAGCAGUUGCAAACCCAAGAUUAACCUUACCAGAUUAACCUUUUGAAUGCAAAGGAGGUGACAACAUAGUUCAGGGCGUGACCCCCAGUUUGUAUGUUUAAAUAGACAGACACUAGUCUGGACAAAGGGGGGUAGGGGACAGUCCUCCCCCCCAAUAAUUUUUGAAAGCCUUUGAGUGAUAAUUAAAUUGUGUGAUGAAACUAUAGAAAUAAUUUGACAACACAUUCUUUAUUCUAGGUCAUCUUGAGGCCAUAGGUUCUCAAGGCAUGUUAUUAGGAAAUAUACCUGAAUUAAAAUUUUCUCCCGAUGGUAAAUACUUCUAUAAAAAUUUCAUUCAUGGACGUGAACCUGUGGUUAUCCGAAAUGCGGCAAGUCAUUGGUUGGCUGUGAAAAACUGGCCAAAUGAAACGUACCUGAACUUGACAUAUGGAGAACUGCCAUUUACAGUGCACAUGUACAAAGUUUACAGGGACGCGUUAAGUGUCCGCAAGGACAUGAACUUAUCACAUUUCCUGGAAAUUUACAAAGAGCAAUCUGUAUAUUUGGAUUCACCAUUUCCCCCUUCAAAUUUGAUUAAUGAGAUUAGUCUACCAUCUAUACUCCAGUGUAAAGAGAUCAGUUCCACUAUAAGUGAUGUCUAUCUUCUCAUGAGCAGUGGAAACACCAGUUCACCAUUACAUCACGAUGGAUAUGAAAAUAUUUUAGCAAUAAUCUCAGGGACAAAGAAAGUUAUUCUCUUCAAAAGUUCUUACAGUGAAAAUGUUUAUGCUGAUGAGUUUAAUGUGUUACCUGGUCUUUCACCAAUUGAUCCUGAAAAAGUGGAUCUAGAGAAAUUUCCUAAGUUUGCAGAUGUCAUGUAUUAUGAGUCUGUACUUAAUCCUGGUAAGUGCAAGUACAGAUCAAUGGUAGAUUGUUUUGAUGGUGAUGGUGGUGGUUGA